AGAAUAUGAUAAUUACAUUUAUUAUUUAUUAUUUGAUUGUUUAAUUAUAUUAAAGUAAAACGUAUUUCAUUUCUGGCAUUUAUUCCAUGAACCGAUAACACAGAAAAUGUCUAUUUACUUGAACAGAAAAUAGGACAUUAAAAAAAGAUCAUUAACAUAAAAAAAGCUAUUUAAAACGAUAAAUAAAUAAAAUUAAUGAAUCAAAUAAAAUGCAAUAAAAAUCGGAAAGAAUGAAAUGUUAACAAAUUGCAUACCACAAAAAUAGAGGACAUAAUGCAAAAUAUUAAAUCAAGCUAAUGUGAAAAGUUUACGCCAAUAUUGGUGUCAGCGAUGAAAUCGUCGUGUUUCAUCGAGUGCCAUCGCACUCAUCCACGACUAAUUGCAUGUCGUCGUACUUGCAGUACAUCACACAGAUGACAAGUUCAAGUGUGAGGUGGACGACUGGUUGGAGCGUCUGCCUCACAGUUCUGAGGACGCGGGUUCAAUCCCCGGCCCCGCCUAUGUGGAGUUUGCAGGUUCUCCCCGUGCCUGCGUGGGUUUUCUCCGGGCACUCCGGUUUCCUCCCACAUCCCCAAAACAUGCGUGCAAGGUUUAUUGAAGACUCUAAAUGGCCCGCAGGUGUGAAUGUGAGUGCGGAUGGUUGUUUGUUUGUAUGUGCCCUGCGAUUGGCUGGCAACCAGUUCAGGGUGUACCCCGCCUCCUGCCCGAUGAUAGCUGGGAUAGGCUCCAGCACGCUCGCGACCCUUGUGAGGAGAAGCGGCUCAGAAAAUGGAUGGAUGGAUGAAAAAAAAAAGUUCCGUAGGAAGAUAAAGAACCAGCCAACGUUUUUGAUAGGUCGAAAAUGGUGGUGCGGCUCCAGACCCGUCAAGCCACUCGCUUCAUUGUUCUCCUGACUUGAUAGGUCUAUAAAGGUAGUAUAAAGGCGAGAAGCGUAUUUUUGGGUGGUCAGAAGCUUGAAUCAAUCACAAAUGGGGAUGCACUUAAGUCAGAAGCUCCAGACCCGUAAAGGCGCUCACACGCUCGUUCUCAGGCCCAUCGAGGGGCUCGUGUUCUGAAAAGUCUUGUCAGAACUUGAGGGCUGCUGAUUCAAGUCCUCUGUUUUAUUUAGAACGGCCAAUCCAGCUUUGGAAUAUCUGCUUUACUCGAGGGCCUCGCCUCGGUGACAAAGUGGGUGGCCGCUGCGUUUGCAUGCUUGUUCUUCUAACGUGGCGAAGAACCACGUCGGAAGGUGAGGAGGCAACUUUUUGGGUACGUUCGGAAGUUGCAUUUAACCCAAACACUCAUGCGCCAAAGUGAGUAGCUCCAGACCCAUCGAGGUCUUUAAACAGUCUUUUAGGCAUGUGAGAAGCCAGAUUUCUGAGAGGUUGAAAAAUGGAAUUCCCAAAUUCCGACGCACCAUAUUGAACUGCUCCAGACCCGUUGACGCGCCUCCCGCUUAAAUGUGCCUCGCUGGCUAAUUAUCAAAGUGCACGAUCUGCUCGUCAAAACCGCCCGAGCUUCCGUUUUAGCACCGAGGCUUAAUUUAGAACAGCCAAUCCUCUCUCGCCAUAUCUGCUUUAUUUGAGGGCCUGCCCCCAUCUCGAAACCUGUUGAGGCGUUUCCUGAAUUCAUUAUUAUUAUUAUUAUUAUUUAUUUUUUUUAAAGGUCUUGUAGGAAGGUGUUGUUGCUCCACUGCAGAGUUGAAGUUGUCUGCUGGAUUAACACACCCACACGCACACACCCACCCACCCACACACGCACACUAUAUAAAGGAAAGGCCUGGUCCCUGCAGCCAGGUGUUCACCCACGUGACAGCAGAUAAAGCCGACUGCAGGCAUUAGUGCUAAUCCCGCCCUGAUCUUUGGAAUAUGUCCCUGUUACCUCUGCCAGCACUCCACUCCUGGCUGCGGGCCCCCCUGCCGCUGACUCGGGAGGCCAAAGGCAAGACCACGCCUCCCGCCGGGACCCCGUUUUUUGAUUUUUUUCCCUCCCGCGGCGACACACAUGUCUCAAUGCUCCUCCACAUUCUAAAAUGAAGUUAUGGAAAAGUGCUACUUUUGCCUUCAUGCUCUGUGGCGCCGCCCUGUCUGUCAUCCUCGUUAGAAACAUGGCCCCCACCGCCACGGGACCCCCCAAACCAAAGACCCAACACCAGGCCUCAUAUUCUUCCUCAUCCUCUUCGCGGCAUUCAUCCUCCUCAGGAUCCUCUUCCUCCUCGCCCACGACCACCUGGAACGAGGGUCUUCAUCGGAGGGCACGCUCAGCAAACAACAUGAACUCUCUACUCUCAGAGUUAUCCAUGAUGUUCCAGAGCUUCACAGAAGGCGAGCUGCAGGACGUGGUGGGGACUUUACUGGACGGGAAGAGGCGGAGAAGCCGCGAUCAAAGCCAGACCCGAAGGACUAAAAGAGCCCGGCGGGCAAAGCCGUGCACAGUGAGGGAGCUGGAGCUCACGGUGAGCGAGCUGGGCCUGGGCUACGACAGCGACGAGACGGUGAUGCUGCGCUACUGCAGCGGCAAGUGCACGACGCAGAGGCGCAACUACGACAUCACCAUGGAGCACAUGAUGAGGACAGGCUUCCGGAAGAAGGGCCGCAAGGACAAAGUGGGCAACGGCCCCUGCUGCCGGCCCACCGCCUUCGAGAAAGACUUCUCCUUCCUGGACAACCGGAGCCGCUACCACACCAUACAGAACAUUUCGGCCAAGAACUGCGGCUGCGUAUGACCCCCGCCUGGGGAAAGAAUCACUUCUUUCAUGCUGCUCUAGAUCUUCCGACACGGAAAACUAUGGAAUACAAACCCAAGAUCAGGAAUAUGUUCAGAAGGAUAACGAGUCAACGGACACACGGACGGACAAACAGUGACCGGCGUCGGCAUUUUUGUAUUCUCUUUUCUAUCUGUGUAGUAACACUGUAAACAGUGGCGUCACAGCUAUGUAGCGACAUGACGUGCGUGAUGUGUUGUCGUAGCACCGUGUGACCGUGUGACUAAUGCUGAGUCACGGCCCGAGUAGUCCGACCGCCGUCACGACAUGUCGCGCUCCGACCGCAACCCAAAUGUCUUUCGCAACGUUGGCCCCAAGCAGGCAGAAAAGCGAUGGCAGAUUUGGACAACACACAAUGUGAGCAGCAGCUCUUUGUUCAAUCACCAUUUAUGUAAUUUUUUUUAAUUAGAUUUUUUUUUACAUAACACAACACACAAGACACAAGAUGACUGAAGAACCCACAUCUUCGCCAGACAUCAGCUUCUAUUUAUACACUUUCACUCUCCACAACCGUCAAACAAUCAUCUAGAAACACUUGAGACAUUUCACAUACACUAGAAAAGGCCAGGAACCCUAAAUCAAACCAUGAAUCCAAUUGAUUUUUCAACAUAUCUGACAUAAGUUGCCAGAAGUAUUGACCUCCUCAGAAGACAUCAUUGUCCUUUUCCACAAUUUCCCACCAAUCUUUCCGGCACACCCACCGGGAUUAUCUUGUAUUAACGAAGAAUAGCCUUCCUUUUUCCUCAAUAUCGGACUCGCGAUGGUCCAAGUAUCUAAAGCAACUAACCCCAAUUAUUAAGACAAUCAUAACCCUAACCAAACCCAAACUAACCCCAAUCCAAAUCCCACCCCUAACCCCAACACGGACCCUUCAUCGCGACACUGAGCCAUGUCCCAACCCUAGAGCUUUCCCGUUCCACAAUGUUCAAGCAACCUUAAACCAUUUUUUCAGCAAUUUGUUUUCUUUGUCUGAGCGGGAGCCCUAUUCAUUUUCAAUGACACCGACGCCAUUUAAAGCAGCUUUCUGAACAAGAUCCGUAAUGAUUUUGAGCAAUGUCCGAUCCGGUACACGUUGGGUUCGAAAGGCUCCAAGCAUUUGAUUCCUUCAUACAGGCAAGAAUCUAUUGAUCUUGAGUCAUAUCUGAGUCAGUAUUUGCUGGGUUCAAAGGCAAAGUCCCAUUUUCUGUAACCACUUCUUCGUCAAACUACUUUAUUUCUUCGGCUAAGCAAGAAUGUAUUGAUUUUGAGUCAUAUCUGAGUCAGUAUUUGCUGGGUUCAAAGGCAAAGUCAUUUUUGGGCGGUCAACGCUUGCCGCUCAAACGAUUUGAUGACGAUUUGAUUUCUUUAGCCGAGGAAGAAUAUUGAUUUUGAUCCAGUAUACAAAGUCAUCUUUUUCUCAUCGCCGCGCUUUCCUCCAACUACCGGAUUUAUUUAUCUGAGCAAGAAUCCGUACAUUUUGAGCCAUAUCCAAGUCAGUAUACACCGUGUUUUCAAGGGAAAGUCCAAUAUCUUAUGCAUACACGUGAAACCCAGCAUUGUCUAAAUAUUAUUUUCAUCUUAUGUACACAAGGUAGUACGUGUGUGCCCUUUUUUGACACUUAUUAUCGUGCUAAAGAGCAAAGAGGAUUUGAAGUGCAGAUGACAUCGAAGGAAUGCGCCGCAGAAACAAUUAAAGCAAUUGGGGCCUCCUCGUUACGAGUGCAUGACUCAUUCGCUUGGCGACAAUUAAAAGAAUAACUCUUAAAAAAAAAAAAAAAAACAGCGAGGGAGAGGAGUAGUGAAAGAAAAAUGCUGUCCAGACUUGUUGUCCUCUCCUCCACCGACCGACUGUUUGCUUUGGUUUGUGUUGUCCCAAUUUGCCGCCUGAUGUUUCGAAUUCUGCUGCACGCGAGCGUUCUCUGGAAAUGCUGCGGCUCUAUUUUUGUUUCUUUUUUUUUUCUUUUUUUUUUUCACGGGAAUUUUACGGCCGUUCCAAUCGUGUCUGCACCAGACCCGCGUCAACCGCAGUCCUCCAGAUUACAUAAUCGCAACAUCGACGCUAAGUCACCUUAGAAGUGAAAUUAAAGCCGUAAAUUAACGAUUGCGCUCGUUGUAAUAUCGUCCGUGGGGAACUGUAUGGUUUAUUGCUUUGCUGCACGCUUGAUAUUGAUUGCAGUGUUAUUACACAGGAAAGAAAAUAUGUAUUAUUGAUGAAUUCUAUAGUGAUAUUCUAUUUGACUCCGCUGUUAUUUAUUGUUUUUUGUCUAAAUGACUACGAGGCUCUGCUUCCACCUUCAUGCAUGCAUUCAAGAACACAAAGGUUUUCGAAAGCAAAGCUGCGGAGCCUUUUUUUCCCCACUAUUUUCCAAUCCUAAUCCCAACCCGAACCCUUUAUCCCGUAACUCUUAUUAAACCCAAACCUCAACCCUAACUAAACCCUAAAUCCCGCCGCACACCAAGAGACGCGGAGGAAGGCAAUUGUGGAAAAGUGGAACAUCGUGAAAAAACAUUUACAAAGUGGCGACUCUUCGCCGAACACCAAACGAUUGAGCGCCACACAUCUGCUGCAAAUGGAAAAACUGCGACCCUGUAUCAGAAUUUGAGGCACGACAUACAGUAUGAGGUUCUGUUUUCUAUAUUUAUUGAACCACAAAAGUGGAUGUCAUUAUAGCUUUAGCAUCCAGAGGAAAUCGCUUCUUCCUGGACAAUCGCACCAUGUUGUUUAUAGUUUGAUUAAAAAUUAUAAUAAUAAUACGACAGUACAGUUUCUUUAAAACGUUGUGUGCCCAUAAGAACACUGGGAGUUGCAGCGGGUUGUGCGCGGGGUUCAAUCGCCUGAUAUGCGGGUAUGAGUUGCCAACCCGUAUUCUUUUGCACGAUUGUCCAGUUCAGUCGCGUCGCUCGGUGGGCCUAAUCCAAACCCAACGGUAAUUUAACCCUAACCUCCAAAAGUCACCCAAGAAGGGCCGUGCUGAAUGUACAAAUGCAACGAUGGAAGAUUUCUUUUUCGUUAUAUAAUUGGACCAUUUGUGGGUUUGCUGUUUUUAUAACACCCUCUGAGGUUUUGACAAUUGCAGCCAGUAUGAGGCCCACACAAUAGCUUCUCUGCCCCUGCGCUACAGAGUCCCCACCCAGACAAAAUGCCUUUUUUUUUUUUUUUUUUUAAUACUGUACACUUUUCUCCAAACCAAACACUUGAAUUAUGCUUCCACGCAGAAUUGCCAAAACACUCGUAAUGAAUUUCGAACGACGGCGUCUCAAGUAUCCGGCUGAUUGCAAACGUUCUGGAUUCAAUUUGCGGACGUUUACACCACCGGAGCUUUGAGGUAAUCCGAACCGUUGUUUGCACUCAUCCCCAAAAUUCCUGCCGCCAUCCAAACGCCCGUCACCAGGCUGCUUGGCUUUUAACGGCAAAAAAAAAAUAAGCUGUUGUUGCGAACGGUGAAGCGUCACCUUCCGCUGUCUUUUGUGUUUUUGAACGGGAAGUGCAUCGUUAUUGUAGUUGAUAUUGUAUAUUUAUUUGGGAAGUAAAUUAUGGUUCUGUGUAUUUAUUUAGUUUACAUGCACACACACACACACACACAGCCGGCUUGUUCUCAUGAAGCAACUGUGCCAAAACAAUGUUUAUUUUCGUUCUAUACUGUCUGCUGAAUAAACAUCAUUUCACAGGUAA